AUGAUAUCUAAUGUUGAUGCGCAGGCUGCAACAUUGCGCACUUUCAGCUACACUUUCUCCUUUAUAACUCUCUUUGCCUUUAGGUGUAUUGUUUAUCUAUCUAUCUAUCUAUCUAUCUAUCUAUCUAUCUAUCUAUCUAUCUCCGUAUAUAUGUAUCUGUCAGUUUGCCUAUCUAUCUAUCUAUCUAUCUAUCUAUCUAUCUAUCUAUCUAUCUAUCUAUCUAUCCGUAUGGAUCUUUGUCUAUCUAUCUAUCUAUCUAUCUAUCUAUCUAUCUAUCUAUCUAUCUAUCCGUAUGGAUCUUUGUCUGUCCGUAUCUAUCUAUCUAUCUAUCUAUCUAUCUAUCUAUUUAUCUAUCUAUCUCUAUGUAUGUAUGUAUCUAUCUAUCUAUCUAUAUCCGUAUAUAUAUGUCUGUGUCUGUCUGUCUAUCCAUAUCUAUCUAUCUAUCUAUCUAUCUAUCUAUCUAUCUAUCUAUCUAUCUACUCACAUAAGUCUCUCUUUCUCUUUCUGAGCAACAAUAUAAUUCUUAACUCUUUCUAUCCGUUUUUCUCUUUCAGUUAUUUUUUCAACGAUUCAAAAAAGUUUUUCUCUAUCAAUCAUUGUGCCUGCGUACGUAGAUAUCAUUUCUUUAUCAAUAUAGUCUCUCAAAGAUGGCUGCAUCAAAAGUCAGAGAAGUUACGAAGGAAACAAAUAUUUACAAUUCUUGAGGACUUUCAAAAAUCCCAUAUAUCGAAGUGA